AGUUGAGUUCAAGCUGGGCUUUUGCCUAAUUUUCUCCCUGCGCAUCCUAACAAGCAACUUCUUCAUAUUCUCUUCAAGUUGCCCAUUCUUCCACAGGAGGUAGAUUCUCUUUUUCUCCUGGAGCCUCAGAAGAAGCUCCUUAUUCAUCCAUGCUGGUCUUCUUCCCCGCCAGCUCAUCUUGCAACUCAGGGGGAUGGCCUGUUCCUGUGCCUUUAAGACUUCCUUCUUCAGGAGCGACCAGCCUUCCUGGAGCCCUUUACCCUCCAAGAAUGAAUCCCAAGGGACCCUCCCUACUAGUCUGCUGAAUUCAGAGUUUGCCCUCAUUAGCAGUUUUGCUGUCCCCUCUCCUAGCUCUGCCAAGAAUAAAGAACCCUACUAUUUCAUGGUCGCACUGUCCAAGACAGUUCCCAACCUCCACAUCUCCCACUAGACCUUCUCUGUUACUCAAUGGCAGGGCACCUCCCCAGUAGGCUCUAUCACCAGCUGCAGAAGGAAGUUAUAUUCCAUACACCCUAGCAACUUCCUAAACCGCUUCUUCUGUGCUGCGUUGUAUUCCCAGCAUUUAUCAGGAAAGUUGAAGUCCCCCACGAAGACAAGGGCUGGCAAUCACACAACUGCCAGCUGCUCAUAGAACAUCUCAUCUGUCUCUUCAUUCCAGUUAAGUGGUCUAUAACAGACCAUCACCAGGAUGUCUGCCUUGUUGGCCCUUCCCUUGUUCCUUACCCAUACAGAUUCAACCUUAUCAUCCCUUAUUGAGCACAAGCUCAAAAACAUCAAAAUACUCUCUAACAUAGAAAGCCUCACCACCAGCCCUCCUUCCCUGCCUAUCCUUCCUGAAGAGCUUGCAGACAUCCAUUGCAUCACUUCAGUGAAGCACAUCCCACCAUAUUUCUUCAGUGGCAACUAAGUCAUAGUUUGCCUGUCACACAAUGGCUUCCAGCUCUUCCUGUUUGCUGCCCAUGCUGAGUGCAUAGGUGUAGAUGCACUUCAGCUGUGUCAUGAAUCAAUCAGUAUCACAACUUUAAUAUUCACGUUCUACAUUAGUAUACUAAUUUAUUCAUUUGCAGAUGAUGACUAAACUACAGUACUGAAAACACUGUAUACGCACUAGGAAAAGAGCUCCUGAAAAACAAAACAUUUCAUGCAGAGACUCUAAAAUCAAACAUGGCUUCAGCCUGGUGCACACCAAGGUACUGCAUUAUGGGGACAAAUAUGACCAGGUCUGUGCCCCCCUCCCCACUGCUCCUCGCACACAGCCAGAGCCGGGCUUUGGCCCCAGAAGCAGCCAGCCCGGCCUCCGUGUCUGAGCUUAAACACACAGGGAUCAUCUCCCUUUUCAAGGAGCACAAAGAGUUUGUUAUAAAGACUGAAAAAUGUGUGGCAGCCUUACAGUUCGAGCUCCAGUAGUGGUCAAGUGAGCCUGGUUUUGAGCCCCCCAAAAUGCUAAAUUUCAUCUCUGCUUUGCACCACCCAAUGAGCCUGAAGUGCCAAAACCACACAUCCAGCCUCAUUCUGAGUCUCAAAUGCAUCAUUUGGUCUGUUUUCAAGCCUCUACAUCAAGCCCUAGAAAUACAGCAGUCGUUCUGCUUCCCAAACCUGGGAACGCACAGCUCUGAGCCCCACAGCCCCAUCAAAUGAGCCUGGGUUCGAUCCCCAAACCACGGGCCUUCAGUCUCGAUUACUCCAACCUGAAAACCGGCCCAAAGAGCCUCAUUCCCUGCCCCCUCAAGACGAACGGUCUCAUCUCCCCACCGAACCCCAAACAGGGCACUGAGCCUAGGUUUCAGCCCCCGGCAAGGCACGAAUUCACCCGUGCUGCCGACCCCCAAACUGCUCACCCAGCUGCAUUCUCCACCCCAGCAGCCAACACCGCACAGCGGCGCUUCUCGCGAUGCCCGGCCCCGGGGCGAGAGGCCCCGCAGGGAAGCUCGGGCGAGGAGCCGGGUCCUCCGAGCGCCCGGACCGACGGGGAAACCGAAAGCAGAAGCGGGCGAUCGGCGGACAAAACUUUCCGCUCCUACCUUCCUCGUGGGAUCCGCGGCUCCGGGCUCCUCCCGUCUCUCGUGCGGAGCUCGGAGACAGGCACGCCGGCUGCCGGGCCGCGGAGAGACACGCCUGGCCCGGCCAGCUCGCGCCGCCCCACGGCCACCGGUCCCGGGGUCAGAGCACGCGAGAGCCGCAAAAGAGAACCCCGCCCCGUCGGGCGGCGGGGCUGCCCUACAGCUGGGAGGAGCGGAGCGGCCCCGCCCAGCGCGGCCCGGCGUCUGCGCAGACGGAGGCGCCAUGGCGGAGAAGGCGCAGAAGAGCGUGAAGAUCGCACCGGGAGCCGUGGUGUGCGUGGAGAGCGAGAUCCGUGGGGAUGUCACCAUCGGUACCCGGAAAACAUCACGCCAGAAACUGAGGAGGUGGAGCCCAAGCCCAUGAUCAUCGGCACCAACAAUGUCUUUGAAGUUGGGUGCUAUUCACAGGCAAUGAAAGUGGGAGAUAACAAUGUAAUUGAAUCCAAAGCAUUUGUUGGCAGGAAUGUGAUCCUAACGAGCGGCUGCAUCAUUGGGGCCUGCUGCAACGUCAAUACCUAUGAGGUGAUCCCUGAGAACACAGUCAUCUAUGGUGCGGAUUGCCUUCGCCGCGUGCAGACCGAGCGGCCGCAGCCUCAGACACUGCAGUUAGACUUCCUGAUGAAAAUCCUGCCCAAUUACCAUCACCUGAAGAAGACGACGAAAGCUGCAUCCACACCUGUGAAGAGCUGAAAGCCCUCUGCUGUCAGUUGUAUGCCUGGCGUCUCUUGUCCUUUGGCACUGCACAGCCCGGGAAGCAGCUGGGCUCUGCAUCGUUCAAUUCUUGCUUGUGUCUUUUAUUUAUAGCCCCCACAGGCUUUGGACCUGUUAUCUCCCUCGCACCAACUCUAACGUUCCACAUGCUUUAUGGGAAUAAAGUUGUUCUGCUCUUGCUGCA